AUGGGUCUCGCCGGCGCCAAAAACAAGAAGAAGUGGGCCAAGGACCCCAACAACACCGCCUGGUCCCGCAACACCGACACAUUCGGGCAGAAGAUCCUACGGUCACAGGGCUGGGCGCCAGGGCAGUACCUAGGCGCCGAGAAUGCCUCACACUCCGAGUACUACGGCGCGGCGAACGCCUCCCACAUCCGCGCGGUGCUCAAGGACGACAGUCUCGGGCUGGGCGCCAAGCGCAACCAGGGCGACGAGUGCACGGGGCUGGACGCGCUGCAGGACCUGCUGUCGAGGCUGAACGGCAAGAGCGAAGAGGCGCUGGGAGAGGAGCAGAAGAAGAGGGAGGACCUCAAGAUCAACAAGUACCUGCACCGGAAGCUGGGCACGAUCAACUUUGUCUACGGCGGGCUGCUUAUCGGCGACAAGGUCCAGGAGCUGGCAGACUCCAUGAAGGACAAGAAGCAGGCUGCAGCGCAAGUCCCUGGUGGAUCGUCGGAGGAGACGUCCGGGGAGUCUAGCGACGCCGACAAGAAGAAGAAGAGGAAGAGCAAGAAGAGGAAGGCCGACGAGGAGGAGGGUGCGCUGUCAGAGUCCAAGAAGGAAAAGAAAUCCAAGAGAUCCAAGUCCGAAGACGCAGAUGGCGACUCCUCGAAAUCAAAACGCAAGGAGAAGAAGGACAAGAAGAGGAGGAAAGAGAAGGACGCCUCAGACAAGGACGAGGAUUCCAGCCCAGACGACGAGGACGCGUCGGAUCGUAAGAAGGCCAAGAAGGAGAAGAAAAAGAAGCGCAGGAAAGCGAAGCUCGAGAAUGACGACGAGGACGCCGCGGACGCAUCGGAUUCGAAGUCGAAGAAGAGCAAGAAGAAGAGGAAAGCGGACAAGGAGGAGCCCGCCACCACGGGAUCGUCAACACCAGCCGCCAGCGGAACCUCAACACCCUCGAUUCCAACGCGACACCUCGCCAGGUCAAGAUUCAUUGCCCAGAAGCGCGCAGCAGUCAUGGACCAAGCGGCGCUGAACCAGAUAUUCAUGAUCAAGACCUGA